AUGAUAUCAUUCAUUUUUAACUUUGUUUAUGCUUCGCCCACUGAAUCGCCGCUUCGCCGUGCCACGAUUUGCAAUGGAAGUCCUGAUCUGUGUACCCGUAGUUUCGGAAACGUCACUUUCGUUGGUGCUCAUGAUUCUUAUGCUGUUGGUACCAACAACAUUUUCGUGACCCAGGACUACAACAUUACACAACAACUGAAUGACGGGAUUCGAAUGUUGCAGAUGCAGGCCCAUAACUCGAGUGGAGUCAUUCACCUUUGCCACACAAGCUGUUCGCUCUUUGAUGGCGGAACUCUUCAGGCUUACCUUACAACUGUUAAAGCCUGGCUAGACGCCAAUCCAAAUGAAGUGCUUUCAUUGCUCAUCGUCAACUCUGAUACUCUUCCACCGAGUAGUUAUGACACUGUCUUCAAAGCGGUUGGGCUUGACACGAUGUCUUACUCUCCGCCCUCCUCUUCGUUGGUUGAGAGUGGUUGGCCGACCCUUGGCAGCCUCAUUGAUUCGGGAACGCGAUUGAUAACUUUCAUGGACUCCAACGCUAACUUCAACUCCGUUCCUUAUAUUAUUGACGAAUUCACCAACAUCUGGGAAACUGCGUAUGACGUCACCACGUCGUUUGAUUGCAAUGUGAACCGGUCAAACGCCAACACCCCUACUGCUACAUCUAUGUACCUUAUUAAUCACUUCUUGGAUACAUUGGUCCUUGGUCAACCUGCUCCGGACCCAAGUCAAGCUAAUCAAACCAAUGCUGUCACCGGUUCAAAUUCCCUUGCUGAGCAGUUCGAUCUCUGCGUCGGCCAACAGGGCAGAAACCCGAACUUCAUGCUCGUUGACUUCUAUGAGUACGGUGGUGGAUCUGUGUUCGAAGUUGCUGCCACCGCUAAUGGCGUCACUUAUUCACCCGCCACGCCCAUUGCGACUCCGGGAGGUUCAGCCUCACCGAGCACGACAUCAAACUCUAGUCCACCUAGCUUCAGUCGGUGGAGCCCAGUUUGGGUGGUCAUAGGCAGCGUAGCGUUUGGUGCCUUCUACAUUUAUUAA